AAUGAAAAAUAUUAAUAAUUGAAACUGAACAAGUUCAAGGGCCUCCCAUUUAAAAACAAACGAACUCGUCGUUUAUAACUUAAAUACAAAGUUAUUUGGAAAUAAUGAUUUUUAAGGGCUGUAAUCUUUUAGGUCAUAGAAACUAAUUGCAGCCUGUUGUAUAGAAAAAUUAUUUGAGCUGCGCAUUGGAUAGAAUGGAGAGUUUACUGGCUAGAAACGUUAUAUUUUGUGUACUGUUUAUCUAUCUUCACACAAAACAAGGUCAAUCACAUGCCCCACUUUACGACGGUACGGAUGCGACCCUUCCCAGAAACCUUAGCAACAACACAAUUACUGACAGGAUACAACACAGUAAUAUGGGUGAGGUAGAUAAUCACAACCACGCCCUGUUUGAGGGCGAUGUCUCUCUAAAUGCUGAGGACGAGAAAAUAGUGGACAGGUCUGAGACGGGAGACGCCGGUAACGCUGAAGUGGAAGUUCAAGGCAUUGUAGAGAAACGCAAGGCCGUCCGUCGACGCAGAUACGUUUGGCAAUCGCGCAUAGUGCCUGUUCAAAUGACGAGCGCUGUAGCUCCUAUGAGAAACUACAUUCUCCAAGCAAUGGCAGAGAUUCAGCAGAAUUCGUGCGUGCGCUUUCGGGAUAGGCAACCAGAGGAUCGCUACUUCAUACGUUUCGUACGGAAGUUUGGGUGCUGGUCUCCUGUUGGUCGACAGGUCGGGACGACAGGAGGUCAGGAGCUUUCAUUAGGUCCCGGAUGUGAGGAUCCAGGGAUCAUUCUGCACGAGCUGAUGCAUGCACUCGGCUUCUGGCACGAGCAAGCGAGGACCGACAGGGACCAGUUCAUCAACGUGCUCUGGGAAAAUGUCUUGCCAGGCCAACAGAAAAAUUUCAAUAGAUGGAAUGGGCGUAAACUUGAUUUCGUGGGACAAGCCUAUGACUUUACUAGCGUGAUGCAUUAUGGGAAUACUGCAUUCUCCAAAAAUGGCAAACCGACGAUGAUAUCAAUCAAGGACCCGAACCUUCAGUUUGGGGCCACAAGGUCUACUUUAAGCGAUACCGACAAGAUACAGCUUAACGCAUUGUACGAUUGUGAAGUAUCCGGAGGGGGAUGGAGCCAUUGGUCGAACUGGGGUCCAUGUGACGAAAAGUGCGGGAGACUAAGAGAGAGGUUCUGCACUUCAAAGGACCGCAGCAAAUGCCCAAAUGCCAACGAAAAUGGUGUAGAGCUAGCAGAGGGCAAAUGUCAACAGGAUGAAUGUUAUGUCCCCGUUCCUGGUCAUUGGGGUCGAUGGGCGGCUUGGGGCAAGUGCAGUCGUACAUGUGGGCGUGGCUAUCGGUUAAGGUCACGUGUGUGUGAUAACCCUACGCCUCAAUAUGGAGGCAAGCUGUGCCAGGGCUCUAUUGCUGAAGUAGAGGAAUGCUCGGUGAAAACGUCAUGUACAAGUAAAAAAGAAAAGCUUGUUAUGGGAUGUCGCUGGGAAAAAGAAAAAGCGACGUAGAUGGAGAAUCCUCGCGAAAUAGAACAGUGUAUAGGCAAUGUAUUUUAAAGCUGAUUUCAUAUUUCAGUAUGGAAAAUAAAUAUUUUUACUCA